AAACCGGUAGUUUAGGAUAUCCAUUUUGGCUGACUUAUCGCUGCUCCUUCUUUUCCCCAGUAUUAAACCUUGGGGGAGGGAUCCUUGAGUGCUGCUGUCGCACAACUACGCUAGACUAGAAGCUUUACUUUCCGACUGUUUGAAUCAGGCAGGCAGGCGGUGGUGGGUCUACGCGAGACGGAUACUCAAAAAUAGCUCUGAAAGACGAUCAGGUAUGGCGGAUGCUAACGGAGGGGCUCCGCGGGACUUUACGUAAAGAUGAGGAUUCCUCCGGUGUGGGCGCUGGGCGCUUGCCAGACUGGGUGAGCUGAGAACUAAGACUGAAACCUGUUGAGAGAGAGAGGGGGGAAAAAAUAUCACCUGGGACUGCUGAGGAGGACCUCUGUGCAGGUUCACACGGCCGUCAGCAGGGUGGAGCUUCCUGACCCAUGGAGAAUUACUUCCAGGCCGAGGCCUUCAACCUGGACAAGGUGCUGGACGAGUUCGAGCAGAACGAAGAUGAGACGGACACUCCCAUUCUUUCAGAUGCUAAGUGGACCCAGAUCCUGGCCCCACCAACCCACAUGCUCUCUUUGAACCCUGCGUUGGCUCACGCAGACCUCAGCCCCCGGGAGAGUCCCCUGUCAUUUAAGACCCUCCCCGACUCAUCCUCCACCCCUCCCUCAGGGGCUGAUCCGAAAAGGCAUCCUGGUCCCGAACCUCCAUCCUGGGCAGAGGAGAGGCCGGCAGACGUCCACAGCCCUCCCCUCCCCCAGCCCAAUAUCGGCAAACUGGUGGGCACCGACGACCUCUCGCCGCCCCCUGUGACGGCCUCUGACAACGUGGAGAAUGGCUGCCUGUCCAGUCCACAGCUGGGUGCCCUCAGCAAAGAGAUAAGUUCUCCUGCAGACAUCCAGCUUGGUGAUUCUGGCCAGGAGACUAAACGUGAAGAGACAGCUGCCUCGUCCGGAGGAGGAGGCUCGUCUGUCAGUCACACUCGCUUCAGCUUUGAGGUUGGAUUACAGGAACAAAUACCCUCCACGAAAAUUCUCCCAAAUGUGGAACACACGGCACAAAAUGGGGAUGAUGGCAGUUCAGCUGCCUUACAGGACUUUGGCCUAGAAACGCAAACUGGAAUUUUAAAAGAGGAGCAAGGGGAAAGUCUCCUGAAUGGAAGCAGGGUUGUUCAGAGUGGGUGUGAGUUGGAGGAGAACGGUGUGUCUCCUUCGGACAAGGUUGGGCUGGAGAAGGAAAGGAGAUGUGGUCCAGAGGGACAAGUAGACCAGCACCACAGAAUAGCAAAUCUUCCAAAUGGUUUGGAACAGGAGACCAGCUCUAAGCCUCAGGAGGUGGAAGAGAGUUUAGAGGAAGGUGUUUCCCCCUCUCCUGUCCCCUCAAAAGAGGACUCUGUAACUGAGGAGAAAGAAAUGGAGGAGAGCAAGCAGGAAAGCGGCGAGGGAGGAGCGGGGGGAUCGGGUUGCAUCCAACCAAAACUCAACAACCGGCUGCAGCCAGUCAGCAUUCCCUAUGGAGGCGCCCGACCCAAACAGCCCGUCAGCCUCAAGCUCCAGAUCCCACAGCCGUUGUCGGGCCAGGUGCAGAACCUGCUCAGUCCGUCUGUCGCCAACAAGAACAAGAACCUCGAAAACCAAUGCCGGAAAGGCACACCCUCCGAAACGUCGCCUGGCGGGACUGACCAGAGUGCAGUCAGCGUGAAUGGAGAGGGCAUCAUCCACUCUCCAUCCCUCAUACCCCCAGAGAGCCCAGACAAUGAUCUCCAGGCAGGGCAACAAGGUGCUCUGUGCAGGAAACCUACCAGCUCUCUGGGAGAGGUCGCCCCUGUGUGGGUGCCUGACUCCCAGGCUCCAGUCUGCAUGAAAUGUGACGUCAAGUUCACCUUCACCAAGAGGAGGCAUCACUGCAGGGCCUGUGGCAAGGUGUUCUGUGCGGCGUGUUGCAGUCUGAAGUGCAGGCUCACGUACAUGGACAGAAAGGAGGCUCGUGUCUGUGUCACCUGUCACUCUGCUCUGACAAGUGCUCAAUCAUGGGAGACGCCGGCUGCUGCGAGCAAUCAGAGUCCAAACCCCAACAACCCAGCUGAGUACUGCUCCACCAUCCCCCCUCUGCAGCAGGCUCAGGCCUCUGGGGUGCUCAGCUCGCCCCCUCCAACCGUCAUGGUGCCCGUGGGAGUGCUGAAGCAGCCUGGCAACGAGGGGUCCGUCUCACGAGAGCAGAGGAGGGUGUGGUUCGCUGAUGGAGUCCUACCCAAUGGUGACACAGCAGAGUCACCCAAACUGCCGACCUCCAGCUCUGCUCCUUCGCAGUCACUCGCCAUCAAUAAAUCCUCCACUUCUGAGUCCACUGAGGCAGCCCAUACCCCUGUUGCCCCGGUGGGCAGCCCCGUGGGCAGCUCUCUCAGCCUGAUCCCGGAGGACGGGCUCCCUCCCAUCCUCAUCUCCACCGGAGUCAAAGGAGAUUACGCAGUGGAGGAGAGGCCGUCGGAGAUCGUCCUCAUGCAACAGUUGGAGGAGGGAGGCCCAGACCCACUGGUCUUCGUGCUCAACGCGAACCUGCUCGCCAUGGUCAAGCUUGUCAACUGUAACGUGCUGAGCCACCUGAGUCACUCGUUCUUCACGCAGAGCUUCCUGGGCAGCAAGGAGCAUGGCGGCUUCCUUUACAUCAGCCCUUCCUUCCAGUCGUUGCAGGACCUGCUCCUGCCCAACCCGCCCUACCUCUUCGGGAUCCUCAUCCAGAAAUGGGAGACGCCCUGGGCCAAGGUCUUCCCCAUCCGCCUCAUGCUGCGGCUGGGAGCAGAGUACCGAUUUUAUCCGUGCCCGCUGUUCAGCGUUCGCUUCAGAAAACCGCUCUUUGGAGAGACCGGUCACACCAUCAUGAACCUGCUGGCGGACUUCCGUAACUACCAGUACACGCUGCCGGUGGUCAAAGGUCUGGUUGUGGACAUGGAGGUGAGGAAGACGAGCAUCAAGAUCCCCAGCAAUCGCUACAAUGAGCUGAUGAAGGCCAUGAACAAGUCCAACGAACACGUGCUGGCCAUGGGGGCGUGUUUCAACGACCGGGCCGACUCCCACUUGGUGUGCGUCCAGAACGAUGACGGGAACUAUCAGACGCAGGCCAUCAGCAUCCAUCACCAGCCGCGCAAAGUUACUGGAGCCUGCUUCUUUGUGUUCAGUGGUGCUUUGAAAGCCUCGUCUGGCUUCUUAGCCAAGACCAGCAUCGUGGAAGAUGGCGUCAUGAUUCAGAUCACAGCUGAGACGAUGGACUCUCUACGUCAAGCCCUGAGGGACAUGAAAGACUUCACCAUCACGUGCGGUAAAGCUGACCAGGAGGAGAACCAGGAGGUCGUCCACAUCCAGUGGACGGAGGAUGAUCACAAUUUCAACAAAGGCGUCAUCAGCCCAAUCGACGGGAAGUCCAUGGAGUCCAUACCCAGUGUCAAGAUCUUCCACGGCUCCGAGUUCAGAGCAAACGGCAAAGUCAUCCGCUGGACCGAGGUGUUCUUCCUCCAGAGCGAAGACCAAACCAGUGUCCUGAGCGACCCGGCCGACCACAGCCGCCUCACGGAGAACGUGGCGAGAGCGUUCUGUAUGGCUCUGUGUCCACACCUGAAGCUGCUGAAGGAGGACGGCAUGGCCAAACUGGGACUGAGGGUCACUCUGGACUCUGACCAGGUGGGUUAUCUGGUCGGAAGCAACGGCCAGCCUCUCCUGCCUCAGUACCUGAGCGACCUGGACAGCGCUCUGAUCCCCGUCAUUCACGGCGGGGCGUGUCAACUGAGCGAGGGCCCGGUGGUCAUGGAGCUGAUCUUCUACAUCCUGGAGAUCAUCUCUUAGGAACUUCAGACAUCCCACCAACCUGCACCCCUUCUCACCUCCAAACUUCUUCUUCUUCUUGUUUUUUGACAUCAUCUCCCUUCGGCCGUUUGCACUUCAAAAGAGCCCGAAAACUGUGCCGUGCCCGGCAGGGUAGCAUUCCUCAAGCCAAACCUAUGCAUCCACCCACGGUCUGAGGAAGCUCUGAAUAGGAUCACCUGUCACCUCAGUCAGGAUGUCUCCACAGAUCACACUGUGUCCGUCCUGAUACCCACACUUUUGCUGCCUCUGAGAAGCUGCCACGCAACGAGUGUCAGGCGGCCAAUAUUGUGCAGUUUGUCCUCAGAUAGCGAACGCAUCCAGGAAGGGAUGAAGGCACUAAGUAAAAUUUUCUUAUCUCAUUCGGA